AUGUCCUGGGGCCAGGUUUCUAACGAUGAAAUCCCAACCCAGUCGUCGAAUUCCGAUGACGGGGCACUCGAAGCGUGGCUCCAGAACUACGAUGCCGGAAGUGCUGCAAAGGGUCCAGUGGGAAUGGUUCCAAGUCUCAACUCCGCAUUCGCACGCCCUACUUUUACACCCACAACUUCCACUUCCACAACAUCAGCCUCUGGAAACUCAAACAGCAAAACUCUUUCAAAGUCCAAAAAGCGACCAGUGAUUUCCCUAGCUUUGAAAAUCCCGAAAUUGCCUAGAAACACCAAGGUAUCUUACACGCCGAUUUCGGGUACUUCGCCUACCAGCUCUCCAAAUGGAGAUUUUCGAGUUCCAAAUACCGAGUUCCCAUCCCCAAUUGGUACACCCUCACCCUUUGGUACACCUAGGCCAGAAAAGCAUCGCUACUCUCGAGAUGCCACCCCCUCGCCGACAGCUCCGAGCUCAAAAGCGCCAACCACUGCGUUGCCACCUUCUAACUAUCCCAGCACAACCUCAUACGCCCCCGGAGAGACCGAACGCAUGACUGAAACCGACAUAGCUCACCUGAAAUCUCUGCUUUCUACGCCAAGAUACAGUGUCACUUCUCACUGUACGAAAGAUGAGCUCAACAGAGCAUUCUUCCGUCUUUGUACUGAACUGAGCUGGGAUUUCUUCGACGAGAAUCUUGCUGAGCUUUCAAUCUUACGUCAAGAUUGGGAAAUCGUUUCUCGAUUCUAUGUCGACUUUCUUGGUGGCUUGGUUAUGGACAAUGUAUGACAUAUUUCUCUUUAACCCCAUUUCAUCCCUUUCUUUGUAGUGCGGAGCAGGUGUUAUUUCUACUUACAGCCCAAAUUGCCCCAAUCAGAUGAAGAGAUAGAUGCUAAUUUCUUCUAGCCUGACUACAUCUACAACAAUCUUUCCCAAGAUGCUGCGAACGUCCUCAAGUCAGUUGGUCCGGGGUACAAUCUUAGAGGGGAAGAUUUGUAUGCAGAGGUGGUACACAAUGCCAUGAGUUGGUUUGCCCCUGUAAGGCUGGAAGGCGAAGAAUGGAGUGAGAUUGAUAAGCAAGUUAUGGAAUUGUUCUUGAAGGAACUCCUGGGAGAUGGUAAUGUAUUCUUUCUAGAUCGAUACAGUUAUUUGCACCUUCAGGUAAAAUAAUUGGGUACCAUGUCGCUAACACUAUCCAUUUCAGGAGACAUCAAGAUCUUUCCAGCAACCCGAGCGAAUAUUUUCAAUAUCUUCUAUCCCAAGGAUGACCAUACUUUCAAAUUGUACCGUCGGAUUGAAGAGAUUCAAAAGGACAUUCACGGAGCGGACUCACAGGGAAUGUUCUGA